AUGCAAUCCGGGAUCGUUGAGUUUGUUAUAGGUGAAAACCGACGACGGUUCUCAAUACACGCAGCAUUAGCUGGAUCUUUUGCAAAGGAGAUAUUUCAGCCUUCCAUAAAUGGGCAAGUUGAUGAGGUUGUCUUUGGCCGUUGUUGUGAGUUCGUAUAUUCUGGUGAUUACUCCGUUCCAUUGCCGACUGCCAAUCUGUGCGGGGAUCCUUUGAACCACCGAGGAAAUAUGUUCCAUCCCAUAAAACUACCCGAUAUAUGUAAUUUCAUUAAGGAAAACCUUGACAAGGCGCCCUUGGAUAAAGAUGGAGAAGUCCUGAACACUGAUCCAGAAGAUAAUUAUGCGGGUGUUUUUCUAAGCCAUGCUGAAGUUUAUCUUUUUGCCUACACAACGGACUGGCUUUCGCUUUGUGCCCUGUCGCCCUAUCAGCUUAUUCGCUCGCUGGUCAGCUUUACCCUCUUUGAAGAACUAACUGGAGAUAUUGUCAAAUUGCUGAAGUUUGUAUUUGAGGAAAAUGAAUACAUGCACGAAAUGCAAGACGUGUUGGUAGAUUAUGUAGCGUGGAACGUGGAAAUACUUGUGCGGGACGCUGACUUUUGA